GUUUGAUGACGUACACACACUGCGCGGGUUCAUGUAGUUUGCAUCUCCGCUAGCAGCCGCGCAGAGGAGCUGGCGGCCGUCCACGUCGUAUACGGACCCAAUUAUACUCAACGUUCCUUUAAUCAACUUGUGCGCACUCCGACAAUGAAACGCCAGGAGUCUACAAGAAGAAAUAAGACUUCUAAGUGUCAUACAGUAGAUUUCCUCGUGUCAAUCUGAGCUGUGCUCCGUCUGGCUUGUCGUGCGAGGGGAGACAUGUUUUUGCUAAUAUGCCAGACGGUUAUUUAAAUUGUUUAACAACAGCCACCAACGUACCACGGAGUUAGUACGCGCUCAAAGGAGACCGCAGUUGAACUGCUGGCACAUUUUCAUUCAAUUUGGACAAUAUCGUCAAGUUUUGAUGACAAUAAUAACCAUGUAAAGUGUGGACGCCUCUGCUAGCAACGUCGGUUUACAUCAAUGGGGACUAUGGCCGUCCAUGCAGUUCUCCUCCAUGUUGUGCUUAGUUUACUGCUUUAGACUUUUGAGAUAGACGUUAUGGUAGACGAGGAGGAAUUACUCAGGGCAGAGGAGCUUAGCAAUGGCCAUUUUGUUCCUCCAGCGAAUGUGUGCGGGCUGUCUGUCCUGUCCUGUCUGCUGCUGGCCUCCUCCUACGUCGGGAGUUUGUACGUGUGGAGGAGUGACCUGCCAAGGGAUCACCCCGCUGUUAUAAAACGACGCUUCACCAGCGUGUUGAUUAUAUCAGGCCUGUCACCUCUCUUUGUGUGGAUAUGGAAGGAAUUGACAGGAAUCCGGAUGGUGUCACCACUACUGGUGGUCAUGGGGUUCCGCUUUGAAGGGCUCAUCCCUGCCAUUGUCUUGCCUUUGGUGCUCACCAUGAUCCUGUUCCUUGGCCCCCUGACCCAGUUGGCAAUGGAUUGUCCUUGGACAUUAAUGGAUGGUAUCCGGAUAGCAUUUGACCCAUGGUUCUGGACGUUGUGUUUCAGCGACAUGCGCUGGUUAAGGAAUCAGGUGGUGGCGCCUUUAACAGAAGAGCUGGUGUUCAGGGCUUGUAUGCUGCCAAUGUUGGUGCCCUGCGCCGGCCCUUCAACCGCCAUAUUUACCUGUCCGCUCUUUUUUGGCAUGGCGCACUUUCACCACGUGAUUGAGUCUUUGCGCUUCAGAAGGGGCUCGUUGUCAGGGAUCUUCUUCUCAGCGGCGUUCCAGUUCUCAUAUGCGGCAGUGUUUGGUGCCUACGCAGCCUUCAUCUUUGUGAGAACAGGUCACCUGGUGGGCCCAGUUCUCUGCCACUCCUUCUGUAACUACAUGGGCUUCCCGGCCAUCAGUUCGGCCCUUGAGCACCCUCAUCGCCUUACUGUCCUUUCCUCUUACUUGCUGGGAGUCCUUCUCUUUCUCCUACUCCUCUUCCCCCUCACUGACCCUUCCUAUUAUGGCCUGCCCACGCCAGUGUGCGCCCUGGCUGCUUCUUCUAGCUCCCUGUGCCUCCCCUGAUCCAGGUCUCACCCCUUACUCUCUUUCUUUUUUUGCGUCUUUCACAUUCCACUGACAAACGCUUAGGGAGGUUGACGUUGGAGAGCUCUGGUGGUUAGCUUUGGCCCGAUGGUGCUUGAUAGUGGUCAUCAGGGUGUCAGGUCUACUGGUCAGUGGAAUGCUUGCAGGCUCAUGUUACAGGGGAAAGACACAGUAUUUAUUAUUGAAGCUGUUAUUUCAACUAGAUUUUUUGCAGCGUUUGCUGCAGUUGUUCAUCUUUAAAUCGACAUGGACCAUUCCAGGACUAUUUAAAUUUGUAGGAAUAGUUUUUCUCCUUUUGAAUCAAUUCUUUGACAUUAUACUUUAUGGUUUUCAGGGUAGACAUAGUAGUCACAUUUUCGUUCACAAAAAAGGCAGCAAGAACUUUAAAAUGCAAACACACUAUAAGCUAAACUGGAACUGUGAAGAAAACGUUGACUGCUUCAGCAAUAUCGAUCUUUUUAUUUGAUUGACGCGUGCUUGUGGGUCACAGUUUGUACACACUAGAGGGCGUCAGAGAGCCAUAUUGCUGCUUCUGUAUGACUUGUCAUAUUUACUCAAAGCCAUGCACUACAAUUUGAACCCAAAUGAAAACCAAUUGAAUCAACACUUGUUUAAUAUGUGGAGCCUGUUCCCAUGUCUUUCUCACAAUGGAUCCACAGACAAUCUUGCGCUAAAUGUGACUAGUUAAAUAUAGUCAUUAAAAUAAAUGACAACGCAGCAGGAGCAAGUGUAUGACUGCAACAAGUGUAUAAGGACAGUACAGUUGUGUGACCAUUGACAAAACAAUUCAAUGGUUCACAAACUUUUAAGUGCAGUACUUCUGUAUUUUCUCCCCACCUUAGUACACCAUAACCAGAGAAAAGCAGUUUUUGUCAAAACAAAAGUAAAACAUAGAGCCUUAGUAUUGCUGUUUGAUUCAGUAUUGCCCACAACAGUGCUUCGUGUUGUUUGAAACAGCUGGAAAUAAAAAUACGUACACUACAAAAUGUUAGAUGCUUUCAGGUGAAAUUAAACAAUGAAUCUACAAUUCACUAUAAGGUGGACUUAAUUUGACCUUCUUGUAACAUUAAAAUGUCCAAUUGUUGAAUAUUUUAGUAUUUACUGACAACAGGUGAUCACUGAAUCGAUGCCUUUCUUAGCCGUCUGUCUCUAUUGCAACCUGUCGGUGAAACACUAGGCUCAGUGGCCACCUCCUCUGAGAACAUUUUGUUUGACUUAGAAAAUCAGCAGGGGAUCAAAUACACUAAGUACCCCCAGGGUGUACGACACGGAACUAAUCGAUAUGUUUUAACAACAAUGAGGCUCAGCCACUCCCACAACAGCAAAGAUGAUUUAUCUUCAAGUCAGAAGAGACUGCUUCUUUAGCCAAUUCAAUUACUCACUGCUGCCUUCAGAGGCACCUGCCACUGCUAAUGCCCCAUCAGGCCCGCCCCUCCAACCAAGCCAUCCCAAUGUUAUUUAUGCUGACUGUUAUUGAAUCCUUCACAUUUUCCUCUUCGUCCCCGGCUGCCACCAACUUGUACUUUUUCCUCUCACGGGUGUCUUUGCAAACACGAUCAGGGAGACAAGAGUUCUGCCUUUAUCGCUGUAGGAAGAAGACGAAGAUGAAGGCUGUCGUCAAACAGAACACACUCAGCCCACUUCUCCCCAUGCAAAAUAUGCGUGGCGCAGCGCUGACAGACUGCAGUCUAUUUUUGCACAGCACUGUUGUUUUAAUACACCAUAUUUCAGACAACGAGUCAGCUCCCCUUUCUUAUCAACACAGUUUUUUCUAAUCAUUUCUAUUUUGGUGAGCGCGGGGCAAUAUGCAUGUAUUUUACGCUUAACGCGUCACGCCUGUACAUUUUUAGUACACAAAUCUUUUACAAAAUACCUGUGAAUAAAACAUGCAAUUUUAUACACUAA